UGUGAGAGUUUUAUGUAGUUCAAGUGAAUCGAACAUUUAAUUGGUAUUAUCAUAACACUCGCCCUCCUCAUCUGACCCCCUAAUUGCCAGAGAAGCAAAUGUCAGCUCUGCCGGAGCUCCGGUGUUGUUUGCAGAUGCUAUGACAUUUAAACCCAGCCAGCUGACCUAAUAGCUUCUCAAUUAUCUACAAUACAGACCCCCAAAAUCAAUUUCUGACCAAGUCGCUAUUCCACAUGCCUUUUCAAAUUUGCUUUUUCAGCUAACUGCACUGGAUUAAUUAAUAGUCUUCAGGGAGGUUAUACUGAUGGCACUAAUGAUGCCUCAGCAGAUAUUCAUUAUUAAGGAGCUGAAUGAUAAAGAGCUAGUCUCAUUACAUUGAAACUUGUUGCCUUUAUCUAAGUUUACGCUCAAUAUAGCAGCCCAGUAUGUUGUUGAUGACCCUAGGGAGAGACUACUACUCAAGGAGUCAGUAGCUUAACCUUCCACAUAACCAUACCUGUCUACAGCUGAGAUAAUCUAUUCUAAUACAUUUACCCGUAGCUCAGUGCCAGGGGAUAAGUUCAGGAAAAGGGCAGAGCAUUAUCUCGGCUGGAUAGUGCCAUUGCGAUGACCUGAGUGAGUGCUGUCUGCCACGUACUAGCUUUUGAGGGACUGUUGUCUUCCUAAAGUUUCCAUGCACCUGUAGAGCGAACAGGUUAUACUGUACACUGUAACAGUUAGCACGAGCGUCGCCUUAUGUAGCCUCAUCGUGCAAGGAUACUCUGGAUGCUUUGGAAACUCAAUUUUUUGGUGAAGAAUUGGAUAGGUUGCCAUGAAAUUUGGUUCAUAUGUCCCAGAGGUGCCCACAGGAUCCUAAUGUGAUCUCCUGAUAUUCCCUCUAGCACCACCAGAAAGUAAAGGUUUUAACAUAUCCAGCAAUGUGUCUUGACCUCUAGAGGGACUGACACAUUAGUAUCCCUCAGGAUCAAUUGUAAAUAACUGCUUUAUCCCUAAAGCAAAUUGUCACCUGAUUUUCUGAUCCCCUCAGCUUUACAAGCUUUAUAACAAGUUUCAGGUCAUUCUUUAGCCAUCCUGCCUGCAGCUACUAAUUACUACACCCACUGCUGUUCUAGUAUCAUUUUUUAGAUGCAGCAGGCAGCAGUUUUCCAAAGUGGUAGUGUGUUCACAACUUAUUUCUGUUGUCAUCAAGUGGCCAAAAAAUCCACUAUUGCAGGUUCAAAUUUGUCCAUUACUUUGGUUUAUUUUUUUUGGCCACAUUUCUGCAGUACCAAUGGCAUUCCCAUCCUCCUCUGUUCUACUUUGUGUUUAAUGCUAAUUAGCGAAUGUUUUCUUACUAACUCACUCAAACAAGAUUUUGAACACCGUCAAGAAUAUACCUGCUAAAAGUGAGCAUGUUUGUGUGCUGAAGCUUCCAUUUAUUUGAAAGCACCACCAUGCCUUAAGUACAGCCUCACAGAGCAUGGAAGACAAAUUCCUAGUAAUGUGAAACCUCUUCACUUACAAUGGCAAUAAAGACGAUUCUGAUUCUGAAGUUAAUAUUUUUGUUAGUUAAUAAAAAAGUUAAUAUUUUGCUUUGCCUUGCCUGUUUUAUAUCUUCUAAAAUUUUAGUACUUUAAAUUCUAUAUGGUUUCUUUCUGUGCUUAAAACCCAGGAGGCAUCGCAAGUUUCAGUGGCAUCAUGACUUUGCAGCAGAUUGAGAGUAUUCAUGGAUGCACGAGUUGGGAGGCAGAUUCGGGUCCUAUUACUAGAGAUGAGAAGAAGGUCAUUGUUGGCUGCUCACCGGAGAGAUUUCCUCUCCAGCGAGAGAGACGUUAUCAGCAUGGCUACCUCAUUAUAAGACCUCGCUCUGAGCCAAAGACCCAGAGGCCAGGAAGGAUAUUAAAGCUUAAAGAAAUUUGCUGACAUGGCAGAAGAAACCAUCCUCAACAUCAACAGAAAAACAUCCAAAUGAAUCCAACUGCUGGAUUCAAAUGUUUUCUAGAUAUUCUGACUUUAAAUGACUUGGGCCUUCUGUACAAAGCUAUUAAAGGAACUGCUGAAGUAAGACAUCACUUGACAUACCGUACUUUACCCGGAUUAUUUCACUACAAACAGACAAAAGGAUGGAAGCAUGCAACACGCAAGUCCUGAAAAUGUUCGGAACAAAAUCUAAAACACUUAAAACAACAGUAUGUGUACUGUUACCUGUUUCCAUAAUGUGUAUAUCAUCAGUGCAGCAUUAAAACCACAUUAAAACCACCUGCUUAAUAUUUUAUAGGUGGUCACCAGGAUCGAAAUGUUGGAUCCUUUGAGUCCUGUGCAGUGAGGGUAGGGCCUCUGAAAUGAUCACAUUAUCAAUAAGAAUAUUUCAUAUGCACUGCACUGAUAUUCAUCACACAACAUGGCAAACAUAGGCAAAAGUACAAAUAAAAUACAUGAUAAUUGUAAUUGUGUUCCACUAUUUACAAUAUUUCUGGCAAAUCUCUACAUACAUAUAAAGCAAAAAGCCCCUAUAACAAUCUAACAGUGUGUCUGAUGUCACAUAAUUCUGUAAAACAACAGCUCAUAUGAUUUCAGUAUGAUUAAAUUAAAAGUCAGUAUACUUUGAUAUUUAAGCAUGACCCUGUCUUACACUCUAUUAAACCUUCCUUCUGUUUUUGGCGACUUCUUUGUCUCUGUGUGCCUGCUUCUCUAAUCCCAUUAGACACACCACCUGUGGACUGCCCAUUAUGUAAUGACAGGAAGGAGACGUUAUAAGGGCUGACCAGGCUGUCCCACAUCAGUUAACUGAGACGAGGCUGAAGUGCCCGAGCACGCACCAGGACAGACCCUCUGUCCUGGGAGUCCAGGAGGAGGAGCUUGACAGACAGAGUGACAGUGUGUUAUCUUAUACCUGAUUUAACAGGAAGACCAUCACAGAACGCACCAAAAUGUUUUCCAGACUCCCAAGACUGACUCCGGGCUAUAUCAGGCUGCUGCAGACCCAGGCCUACCACAAUGUUUCUGUGACACCUCCAGCAGAGAAGACCGUGCCCGGCAUGGCUAUGCUGCUGGGGGCUGUGGGGAUCGGGAUGUGUGGCUACAGCUCCAGGCAGUUGGCCCUCCACCACCGGCCCUCUGCACGCGUGCUGCAGUUGGUCGGCUCGCACACUGAUGCCAGCAUGGUGGGCACAGCAGCCCAUAGGACCCCCUUCCUGGAAGUCACUCGCCGGGCUGGCGCAUGCCAGGAGAUCCCACCUCCCUCCUUUGUGGGCCAGAAAGUUCCCUUAAAAUAACGCGUGACAUUAGAUUAAAUCGAUUAAUAGACUGGUCAACAUCACAGGUUGAGUUCCAGUAACUACACUUGCACAUCUAAGAUUGUAGCUAUGCUGGCCCAUUGCACAGUGUGGCCCAUGUGCUCUCUGGGGAAGUGCAAGCGUGGAUGUUUGACUGACCUCAACCUUUAUGUUGUCUGGAAGAUGGAUGUCUUAUAAUAAUAAUAAUAAUGAAUUCUGUAACUAGUGCAACAUUUAUGAAAAUAGUUUAAACACUACUGGUAUCAUGUAGUCACUAGUCAAAUGUGCUGAGAAGGCACUGAUCAAUAUGAAUGAUUAGAUGAGUACAUAAUGAUGUUAGAACUUUGCUGAAGAUUUUGCUGAAUGUAUCGUGAAGGAGCUAACAUUUUUAAUUUGGAGAUAUUGUCUGUCUUUUUGAGGCAUGGUGUAAAAAUGUGUGAUGAGUGACGCUUGGCAGUGCCCCCCGUACACAGAUGGUUGGCAACCCUCUCUCUGUGCCCCUACACCCACCGCCUCUUCCCUCUUCAGGCCGACAGCCAUGUGUAAGUGCUUUAGCAGCCCAUCCCUGCCCCCGACUUCCUUCAACUGAUUUCCUCUGAGGAGGAGCAGGUGCCAUCCAUCAACAAGCCUUGGCAU